UUUCUCUCCUCUCUUUAAUCUGAGAUAAAAACGAGCAGACAGACUCCUCCUCCCUUCUCUCUGCCUCUCGCUCUCUCUUUCUCUCUCUCCUCCUGUGUCCCUCUCCCGUGUUCUUCCUCUCUGGACUUCUCCUGUGUGUUGCUCUGAUGGAAAUGUGGAGGAUCUUUCUGUCUGUCUCUCUGGUGGUCCAGCACAGUUCAGCUGAAGAAGUAAUGCUGCUGGACAUUACGGAGUCCACCGCUGAACUAGGCUGGACAGCGUAUCCUGACACAGGGUGGGAUGAGGUGAGCGUGUUAGAUGACAAGGGGAGACUCAUGCGUACCUUUGAAGUCUGCAAUGUCAAUCAAAACCCUCGUCUCCAAGACAACUGGUUGGCCACGCCCUUCCUGUACCGGCAGUCAGCUCCACGGAUCUUUGUGACACUUCGUUUCUCGGUUCGAGACUGUGCCAGUCUACGCUCACCCUCCCCGACAUGCAGGGAGACCCUGACACUGUACUACAAACAGGCUGACUCUCAGAGAGAGCUGGAGAGAACCUGGGUAGCUGAGCCUUCCAAUGGAGAGACAAGAGAGGGCUGGGUGAAGAUCGACACCAUUGCAGCAGACAAGAGUUUCAGUCGCGUGGAGCCAAGUCUACCUCACCAGUACAAACCUGAGAACGCCCGACGCAUUAACAUCAAAACCCGCAGCUUUGCUCCUCUCACACGAAAAGGGUUUGUUUUAGCUAUAGUAGACAGCGGAGCAUGUGUGUCACUCAUGGGUGUUUCCGUAUUUUAUCGUCGCUGUCCAGCAACCAGUCGCUUCCUGGCUUUCUACCCAGCCACGCCCUCAGGGGCGGAGCCAACGUCUCUAGUUCCAGUGACUGGAACUUGUGUACCUCACAGCCAAUCACAGGGUGGGACAGCACCGAGAAUGCACUGUAACACAGAAGGUGAAUGGCUGGUGCCUGUUGGAGGAUGCACGUGUGAUGCAGGAUAUGAGCCCAAUCAUAAUGGCUCGGCCUGUUUAGCAUGCUCAGUCGGGUCCUAUAAACCUGUGGCCGGCUCAGUUUCGUGCACAGAGUGUCCAGCUAACAGCAGAACCAGUUCAGAAGGGUCUAAACUUUGUGAAUGUCGGAGUGGCUACUACCGCGCACCCACCGAUGCUAACACCACUGCCUGCACAAGCCCUCCAUCAGCGCCGGCGUCUCUGUCGUGGGAGUAUGAGAGUUCAGAGGGUGGGGUGUCACUGCGCUGGAGACCGCCUGUGAACAUGGGGGGACGGAGUGAAGUUUGGUACGGUGUGGUGUGUCGAAUCUGCCCCUCUGCUACUAGCACACCACCAAGCAUGUGUUCCUGGUGUGGAGAUACUGUCACUUUUUCCCCUUCUCAAACUGGCUUAAAGCAGACAAGGGUCACCCUCAAAAACCUGCUUACUAGAGUCACAUACCUCAUACAGGUUCAAGCAAUAAAUGAAGUGUCAGCGCUGAGCCCUUUUCCACCUCAGUUUGCCAGCAUCAACUUCACCACCAGCCAAUCAGUGCCUUCUGAGGUGCCCAUGCUGCACCAGUUGAACAGAGUUCACGACUCCAUCACACUGUCCUGGCCUCAGCCUGACCGGCCCAACGGGGACAUCCUAGAAUACCAGCUCCGGUACUACGACAAGGGGUCUGAUGAGGACAGUGCUAUGAGCGUGUUCAGUGAAACCAACACAGUGACAGUUGGAGGUCUGAUACCAGGCUCCAUCUACGCCUUCCAGAUCCGUGCCCGGAAUGAGAGAGGCUUCGGACCCUACAGCCACACCAUUUACUUCAGCACUCUAGCAAUGGAGGAACAGUCAAAGCAGAUCCAGAAUCGCCUGCCUCUCAUGAUUGGAUCGAUAAUGGGGGGAGCAGCGUUUCUAUUGGUGGUGACUGCGAUCAUCAUUGUGUUUGUGUUUCGAAGUAAAAGAAGAGAAAGCCCUUAUAGCGACAGACUUCAGAGAUACAUCAGUAACAGAGGUGGGGUGAAAUAUUACGUGGACCCCUCUACUUACGAAGACCCCAGUGAGGCGGUCAAAGAAUUUGCACGAGAAAUCGACCCUGCUCACCUAAAGAUCGAAGAAGUCAUUGGUGCUGCUCAAUUCGGGGAGGUGUCCCGUGGCCGGUACAGGCCACUAGGUCGUAGAGAGGGGCUGGUUGCGGUUAAGACUUUGCGCUGGGGAGUGACAGACCGUGAGAAGAAUGUGUUUCUCAGUGAGGCCGGAGUCCUUGGUCAGUUUGACCACCCUAAUGUACUGAAACUGGAAGGUGUGAUCACUCGCACCCCUCCUGAACGCAUCAUCACAGAGUUUAUGGAGAAUGGACCACUGGAUGCCUUUCUCAGAGAAAACGAGGAUCAGUUCAGCGUGUUGCAGCUGGUAGGCAUGGUGAGAGGUGUUGGAGCUGGAAUGCGUUAUCUGUCAGAGAGGAAUUUUGUCCAUCGUGACCUCGCGGCCCGGAACAUUCUGGUGAAUUCAAACCUGGUUUGUAAGGUGUCUGAUUUCGGCCUGUCCCGUUUAAUGAGGGGUCUGGACCACAACAUGCCCACCUACACUGCUUCACUGGGCAGUAAGAUCCCAGUGCGGUGGACAGCUCCUGAAGCUUUCCAGCAUCGUAAAUUCAGUUCAGCGAGUGACGUCUGGAGUUUUGGGAUACUCAUGUGGGAGGUCAUGUCAUAUGGUGAACGUCCAUACUGGGACAUGAGCAACCAAGAAGUGAUGAAGGCAGUGGUUGAUCAGUACCGUUUACCUGCUCCAAACGGCUGUCCUCCAGCUCUUCACUCUCUGAUGCUGCAGUGCUGGCAGGCCGACAGACAGGACCGUCCAGGCUUCGAUUCUCUCCUGUCGUCUCUUGACCGUCUCAUACGCCACCCUGCCUCCCUGAAGGCCGAACACAGCCGUCCCACUCAGCCACUCUUAAGCCCCACCCCUACUGACCUCUCAACAGUGACAACAGUCGGUGAUUGGCUGACAGCUCUAAAGAUGGACCGGUAUAAGGAUGCGUUUGAGAGAGCACAGUUCCACAGUCUGGAAAGAGUGAGCAUGCUCACAAUGGAGGAUGUUCAGGCUUUAGGAGUGAAUCUGCUCGGUCAUCAGCGGAAGAUCGUAAAUGCUGCUAAGCAGCUCAGGACACACCUCACUCAGGGACAUGUGGAGGUCUGAUGCUUCCCAAAUUGUGUUGACAGCAGUGCAUGCUGGGAGAUCUAGUCCACAGCCUGCUUCAGGCCACAAGAACACUGGAAUAGAGAUGAGCCUUGAGUGAAAAUAAACUUUUUAUUAUGAAUUAUUUGCCCAUCAGUCCCACCCUUUCUUGGUGAACUGUUGUCUUCCAUAUUCUUUCACUUACUCCCUCCUUCGGUGUUGCACUACCUCUCACUUUCUUAUCAGUUCAUUAUUUACUGGCAUUCAGUAUGAACUUGAGCCUUAAGAACACAAAAAGAAAGCUCCUUCACAAUCAGCUGCAAGGACAAUCAGAGACUUUAAACGGACGGUAUAGCUGACUGUUGUAUCUUUGUUGGCGUGGUCAAGGGCACUAGAUGUUUCAUUUUAACUAAACAAACAAAUGAUACACAUAUUGAUUAAUAAACUGAACCCCCAUACAAACACCACAAGUACACUUCUAAAAAUCAUGUAUAUAAGUAUUUUGUCUUGCUUUUCAGUAAAAAUAUAUACAAUUUGCUGAGAGCUUUUCAAGCUUUUUUUAAUAUAUAUUGUUUUCAGAAAAUGCACACUACUGAACAAAGUUUUGGGGUCAGUGAGAUUGAAAUGUUUUUGAAAGAAGACUCUUUUGCUCACCAAGAUCAGAAAUACAGUAAAACAGUAAUAUUGUAAAAUAUAAUCACAAUUCAGAAUAAAAGCUGAAUAUUCAGCAGGUCACACUGCAAAUGAGGCAUAUCUUACUUAGUAUUUUUGUCUUGUUUUUAGUCAAAAUAUCGAAAAAUUCUUGAAUCAAGAUGCAUUUACUAGAUGCAAAGUAAUUAGUUUUUUCUUUUUUUCCAGAGGGAAAAAUAAAUUACUGCAUUACUAGCAGUCCGUCCCUGGGUCAAACAAAACGCUUUCAAUAAACAUCAGCUGUUUAUCUCUAAAGCACAAUCAUCACCUAAUAAUUCACAUACUGUAAUUACCUAUAAGGAGAGCAAAUAUUUAGCUAAACUGUAUUAAUGUGCAUUUGCUCUAGAGAGAUAUAUAAAUGUAGUUUUGUGUGUCAUCAUGGAGCUGGAGUGUAGAGUCUGUGCUUCAGUCAAUGAUGAGCCACAAACACUAAUGCUCUGCUGCCCUAUUUUUUCAAUCUCUUUGCAGCGAUACGAGUUAAAGUAAUGUUUUUAGUUACUUUACUAUUAAACGUUAAUUGUUUGCAGUUUUAUACUAAGAAAUAUUCCUCAGUGGAAUCAAAUGAAAGAAGUUAACCAAAUGUUUGCAUACUAUCACAGCAGUGAAAAAUCUUAAUUGUAGUUAAUUCAGUGAAUUGAAUUUCACAAUAAAUGUUCUAAUUUACAGUAAAAUGUAUGUAUACCAUUACAAGUUCACAGUAGCUCUUGCAAUUUCACCCAUAUUUAUAAACAUUUAGUUUUACAGUGAUAGCUUCAGUUUUUACAGUAAAAUUGUGCUAAUUGAUUUACAGUACCUUUGUAAAUUUACAGGCUUACUGGCAACCAAAAUUGCCAGUAAGCUACUGUAAAUUGUACAGCAGUUUUUUUUUUUUACAGUGAUAGUCUCUCAGUAUCUCUUCUUUAGUUUCACUUUACAAUUUAAUAACUCAUACGCGCGCCUCAUGCCCAGAGUCUUAUUGACCCUAAAUUAUUUGGUAUUGGUGAAAGUAGUAUGAAAGUAAAAAUUUCCCAAGACAUGGCCAAUAAUAAUAAUUUAAAAAAAAGAAAUCAUAAUGUGCUUUUUGAGUAAAUGUAUUUUGUUUUAUGGAUGUUAUUUUUAGUGGAAAUAAAUAAAAUAAAGACAAAUAAUUAACAAAGCAAAAAAUAUUUUGCAUUGUAUGGUUUAUGAUGUAUAAAGUAUUGAUGAAUCAUGCAAUACUUACAGUAAGUUAUUCAGACACACUAAUGGUAAAGUUUUUGCAUUUUGCAAAUAUCAGUUGUACACUGCGGCCAUGGUAGUUCACUGCUUACCUGUGAACCAGUUUCUCACCACCAAGUCCUUUCUCAAAGCAGGAGUGUUCCUAUAAAGGACUAUUUCACCCCUGAAACAAUGUAGCAUAAAGUCACACUGUAAUAUACGAGCAUUGUGCAGUAGGUGUUAGCGUAAAUGUGAUUACAAUUGCUGGGUGAAGUGAAAGAGAGAGAUAUGUGCUCCUUGUGUAUAGUGUGUGUAUGUGUUUGUUUUGACAAAUGUACAGCACAAAGGAAACAGUUCGGUGCUGCUGAAAAAAAGUGUGAAUGGAUUUCUGUGUAAAAAAAUUUAAAAAGGGAGUGUAUGAUCAUGUGGAUGUAAAUUUGAAUCUCUUUGAUUGUACAGUUGUUCACUAAUGUUCCACUACUGUUAAAAUUUGUAAAAUAUAUAUGAUUUUGUUUAAA